UAAAAACAUAACAAUGGUGACUGACGUGCAGCUGGCAAUCUUCGCCAACAUGCUUGGUGUGUCCCUAUUCCUGCUGGUGGUACUCUACCACUACGUGGCCGUCAACAACCCCAAGAAGCAGGACUAAAAACUGGUGCAAUCAUGAUGGGAAUCGUCGCCACCACACUACCCAGGAAACAAACAUUCCCCCCCCAAAAUGAUUUCCCAAGGAUUAUGUAGUUGUUACUUUUUUCAAUAAAUAAUGCCAAGAAA